AUGGACAGGAUAGACAAGUAUAAAAGGGUCGAAGAGGACCAGCAGACUGGGAAGGGAAAGGCGAAGUUUGUCCCUCAAGAGAGAAGGGACUUCAGGUCGGACCGCUUCAGUAGCAGUAAUAAGCCGAGAAGAGAUUAUACGGAACAAUCGGGAUCUACAGGGGCUCAGGUAGUCCACGCUGUGUUCCGAGAGCCAUUGCACGAGAUCCUGGAGAAGAUAAAGCACGAACCCUUUUUUCAAUGGCCGAAUAGGAUGGCAGGCGACCCCUCAAAACGCAAUCAGAAUCUAUAUUGUGCGUAUCACCAAGAGCCUGGUCACGUCACUGACGAAUGUAGGAACCUGAAAAACUAUUUGGAUCGACUUGUCCGAGAAGGAAAGCUAAGGCAUCUGUUGCAACGCCCUGAGCAGUCAAAUGUCGAUACCAGGCAAAGCGCCUUGAGGCCACCCAUAGGCACGAUAAAUGUCAUUCUUGCCGCACCUGGGAGAACCGGUUCCGGUCCGUUCAGAAUGAUGUCAGUGGUAACUCAGUUCAGAAAUAUUAGCGAGGAUCAAACAAAACGAAGUACAAAAAGCAAAACAGACGAAUUCCUAUUCCACGUCCCUAAGGGCCCUGAGUCGGGGCAGGCUGAUCAUCCGCUGCUGGGUUCUCCGGGGCGAUCUCCUGGGCCUGGGCAAGGAUCUCGCUGA